GUCUGCACGGACGGAGAGGGAGACAGCGAGCGAGAGAGGGAGAGCCAAAGCAGGGAAAAAUUGGCAAAGACAAAGGACUGAGGAACCUUUGGGGACACUGGGGACACCAGAUUCAGUUUUUACACCGGUUUAUGAUACUCCAGCUGGGACAGCAGCGUCAGGAAGCAGCCAGGCACUCAGUGUAUCUGUUCCAGUGGAAGUGAAGCUUCACGGUCAGCAGCCUGGUGAUGGAAAGAACUGCAAAGCUAUAGGCUUGGUGACUGGAUGGAAAGAGCUGUCAACGCACAUAGAAGAUGGGGGAAGUGGAAACACACAGAAAUCAGCAGCUGUUCGACUGAUGACACCGCUGCCGUGUUGCUGGGGGAGUAAUCUUUCAUUCGGGCGCAUCUGGAGUAUCUUUGUUUGCUGGCGAUCCCACCUUGAGUUCCAGUUUCCCCCCUCCCUCCCUCCUGUUGACCUUUCUUCACAUCUAUCGUGUAGGGAGAGCAGGUGUUAAACAGCCACAGCCACAGGUCAUCAUUUACCUUGCAACCCCCACCUCCCCCUUGACCAUACACAGAGACACACACAAGCUCCUCUCUUCCAAGCGGCUGAGAGGUUGCUAUGGCAAUGGUUGUCAUGAUGCUGAUGUAGCAUCCUGAAAGUAGUAGCUGUGGAGGUAGUGGCGGAGCUGGAGGAGGUGGCGGCGGCAGCGGUGGGAGUGGUGGUGGUGGUGGUGAACGGUCAGGGAUGGGAAGCGCUCCGUAUCCAGCCGGCGAGUGGAAGGGGAAGGGGCGAGGCGGCCUGCAAGAGCUGGGCUGCAUGCGCUGGAAGGUCGGCAAGCAGAAAGGAGGAGGCGGAGGAGGGGACGUGGUGGUGGGAGCAGAAGAGAGGAGGUGCAGGGAUCCCACGGACUCUCAGCAGCAGCAGCAGCAACAGGAUCUCUCAUCCUCCUCUUCCUCCCUAACCCCUCCACUGCCUCCUCAACCAUCUCCGACACCUCCGGCCAUUUAUCAUGAGAAGCAGCGGAGGGAGCUGUGUGCCCUGCACGCGCUCAACAACGUCUUCCAGGAUGGGACGGCCUUCAGUAGAGACACCCUGCAGGAGAUAUACCAGAGGCUUUCUCCCAGCACUCUGGUGACACCUCACAAGAAGAGCAUGCUGGGAAAUGGGAACUAUGAUGUAAAUGUCAUUAUGGCAGCCCUGCAGACCCGAGGGUUUGAGGCAGUUUGGUGGGAUAAAAGAAGGGAUGUAGGCAGCAUCGAGCUGUCCAAUGUGACAGGCUUUAUUCUGAACGUGCCAUCCAACCUGCGCUGGGGGCCUCUCCGUCUGCCGCUCAAACGCCAGCAUUGGAUCGGCGUCAGAGAGGUAGGGGGAGUGUACUACAACUUGGACUCUAAGCUGCGCAGCCCCCAGCCCAUCGGCAACUCGGAUGAGCUCAGGAAGUUUCUACGCCAGCAGCUGCGAGGGAAGAACUGUGAACUCUUACUGGUCGUCUCAGAGGAAGUGGAGGCACAUCAAACAUGGCGGUCUGAUGGCUAAAGGUUUAACACCUCCUAAGCUAAGGGAUCACAACUCCAGCUGGGCCAACGGGCCAAUCACAGGACAAACGGGAGAGGAAGUAAAGUCGUGCACAGCCAAUCACAUGGAUGCACACUUGCAGAUGUAAUUUUCCCCCCUUUAUUGGGUUUUGUUUACACAGCCAUUGCUGGACUCUUAAUCUGAGAGGAUGCAGAGCAAUGAAGGAAGCAAACACUUUACAGGGAGAAUCAAAGAAUCACAGUCCUUUACUCACGACACACUUAAGACUUAUAAAACGUUAUUAUUCUGUUUCUGCUAUUCUCGUGUUUUUAUAUAUAUUGACUAUUUUUCAAUGUCGGUUUUGAUCCGUUGACUUUUUUUUCUUUUUACCGUUGAAGUUUCCAAAGUCAUGGGAUUUCAGGCUUUAUGAAAAAUGCUGUGUUGAUCUGCUGUCUCCCACAGUGAUCCUCCCUGCUUCUGUCAUGAUGUUCACUGAUGUGUCUUUGUGUUCCUCUCUCUCCCUUCACGUUGUGAAUGUCCCCCUCCUGUCCGUCCGUAUCCUCGGUUCUUCACUUUCACCAAAGCGUGCCCUUUUCUUGCCUCAGUGUGACUCCAUCUCACUUCUCCUCUCGGCCCCUUUUCCAUAUAUCACAGGUCAAUUAUCACGUUGCCAACUUUGUAUUUCAUCUACUUCCCAAACGCCUCUGGCACAGUCUGAGCCUACACUGUACCGAGGCUGUGCCGACACAACAGUUUUAUACGCAACAAAGCAAUGCAACACCCAGGCCAAGCACUCCCUCUAGUGGAUGUUUGCCUCAGUUUCCUACCAAGGAAGUAACAGCACCAUUCAUCCAGUUUUUUGUGAUUAUUCAUAUUCAAAUCGUUGCUUUAUAGUGAUGAGGAGUGCUUGUCAACGAGGAAAAAAUGCAAUACUAACAGUUAUCAUCUUUUAGUAGUAUUAUACUGUAGAAUUAUCCAGUUAAGGUGGUAAGAAAACCAGUUGUCCAAAUUAUUGAUAAAAUCAGACUCAACAAAAGUACAGGAAUUGGCCACACUCUGUGUAACCUGCACAUUAUCAGCAUGACAGUUCAUUUUUGGCUUUGAAAAAAACACUCACCACAACAACCCCAACUCAAGGUCUUCGUACAAGUCCGUUCUGGAGCUUUUGACUGCACCACAUGGUCCUCAUCAGCAGAUUGAAUUGACUCAGUUGCCCAUGAAAUGUCGAUAUUAAAACUUUCUUGUAGUGCUAAAAUGGUUAUUGAUUAACGAAGUAGUUGAACGACGGAAAAUUGCUGACAGUUUUGGUUAUCUAUUAAUAGUUUAAAGGUAGAGUAGGUGAUUCUGGAGAAAGAAACUUGAUUGCUGAGUCUGAGUUUCAGGUUGUCAAUUAGCGACGCUUUGGGUUGGUAUUCGGAUCAAACUACCAACCCAAAGAGUCACCGUUUGACGACUUACGAAUGAGACUCAACAAUCAACUUUCUUUCUCCAGAAUCGCCUACUCUACCUUUAAGCAAUUGUCAGUUAUUGUUUGUAAAUAUGCUCAAGUGAAAGUAAAAGCUAACCUCCCAUUCACUAUUGUUUAGCAUUUAGUCUUUCUAUAUUUUAGGGGUUUAUUUUUUGGUGCUGUGUCUGUAGGGUGGCUACUCAUUAUGGUCUGGCAGCUGGUCAGCAUCCACACCCAUACACGUCUCAGACACAGACAAUAAGAAGGAAGUAAUAAUAUCAUUGUACACACUUCAGGUGGGUCAUAAGCGAUGAUUUAUGAGCAAUUUAAAUAUGAAAAACCUUGGUUCUGAGGAGUUGUGAUGUGCAUUUAUCACAAUUUUCUGACAUUUUAUCGACCGAAUGAUUACUUGGAAACUGAAUUGGCAGAUUAAUCGCUUAUUAAAUAAGCGUUUAUUGCAGCCCUGCUUUCUAGUAAAUGGUUCUGAGUGCAUUUUAUCUGCUGAUGAGGACUGUAUAAUAAGGUCAAAAGCUCCAGAACAAGCAAGUAAGAGAUCUGCGUUUAGAUUGUCCUCAAUACACCAAAUAAUUAUUAAUAUAAGUAAUUGUUACAAACCAUUACAUCAGUAUAAAGAAAUAACGUUUGUCCAUAUAUCCCACUCUUGCUUAGUUAGAGCCAUAAUAAUCUCUUGCACAUGGUAAAAUGAUAACACACAGGCAGAUGACAAACUAAGGAUACACCACAAGGGAAGAUACUUAUUUGUUUUUUAAUGUUAUUUUCCUGUCAUGAUCCAAAGGAUCACCACCACAGCAGCCCUCUGUAGCACAGGAGCUUAGCUGAUGCAGGCCUCCUCCUCCUCCUCCUUCUCUUCUUAAAUAUCUUUAGUCAAACCUGCCAAACACAGCUCUGAGAGGACAUCACAGAUUGUCCCAUCAGGUCAUAUAUAGCCAGGAGGGGGUCUCUAAUGUGCGAGGGUUCAGUCUGAGGAAGGAUUUGGUGGAUGCUUGCGCAAAAGGAAGUUGUCAGUUUGAGAAAAUGGAGGGAGGGGAGAUAGAGAACAGCGUGCCUGGGUUAGAGAGUGAUGUAGAAGAUGUGGAAAGAAAAGUGAAAGUUGACGGGCUGGUUAGUGAGCACAUGUCCAGCCAGACGUGUGCUGCCGUUGAUUAUUGUGAAACAAGCCUUAUGAGAGAUUCCACUGUUUGUAGCUUUCAAAUCUACGAGCUUAAGAGAAACUGUUAAUACUAUACAUAUUGUCUCUUAACGACAAUAUCGGCCUUAACUUGUUUACAUGAAAAGAAUAUUUGUUGCUCUGAAAGAUUAA